AAUUAGAAUUGUUAUAGUUGUUUGUUGCCCGUUAUUUCUUGCCAUGUUCCCCUAUAAAAUUGGUCGAUCGGUUAGAAUAAUUUCUGUUUACCAAUCUUAUUUUCAAAAACGGCUUAUAUUUCGGAAAAUUAAUAUCAUGACUUCCCUAAUAAAGAAACCGACACAAAAAUCGAGCUCAUCAAACAAACAAAUCAAACCAAGUGUUCCUAACAAAAAUAUGUUACCUGUAUUGGAUUUUCAAACACGGGCCAUCCAAGCCGAUUGUCGACUGGAUAAUCUUUGUGCUUUGGAUAUUGAUUCAAAACCGAUGAAUUUUCGUCUAAGUGGUAUUGUAUGCACGAUUGGACCCGCUACACGAGAGGUACCGAAAUUGGUUGAACUAAUAAAAUGUGGCAUGACCAUCGCGCGAAUGAAUUUUUCUCAUGGAACACACGAGUAUCAUCUUGGCACCAUCAAAAAUGUUCGAGAAGCAGCUAAAAUAGUUGGUCAAGAGCUAAACAUAUCCAACCUACCUAUUGCUAUUGCUUUAGAUACAAAAGGUCCGGAAAUUCGAACUGGCCUUCUUGAGGGAGGUCCUUCAGCUGAAAUAGAAUUAAUGAAAGGAAAAACAAUAAAAGUGACAACAAACGAUGAAUUUAAAGAGAAAUGUUCAGUUGAAAAUUUAUAUUUAGAUUACAAGAACAUUGUGAAAGUUGUUUCUAAAGGAAGUCAUGUAUUUGUUGAUGAUGGUCUCAUAUCACUCCGAGUACUAGAAAUUGGUAGUGAUUAUUUAAAAUGCGAAAUCGAAAAUGGUGGUAUGUUGGGCUCGAAAAAAGGUGUUAAUCUUCCCGGUGCAUUAGUGGAUUUGCCUGCCGUAUCGGAAAAAGAUAAACAAGAUCUUAUUCUGGGUUGUCAGAAUAAUGUAGACAUGAUAUUUGCAUCGUUUAUUCGUAAUGGUGAUGGUGUGAAAGAAAUUCGACAAAUUCUAAAGGAACAUAAUAGUGAAUACAUUAAAAUUAUUUCAAAAGUGGAAAAUCACGAAGGUGUGAAAAAAAUAGAUGAUGUUAUUCGAGAAAGUGAUGGUAUCAUGGUUGCUCGUGGCGAUAUGGGCAUUGAAAUUCCAGCAGAGAAAGUAUUUCUCGCCCAAAAGAUGAUGAUAGCCAAAUGUAACAUUUUGGGCAAACCUGUUAUCUGUGCAACGCAAAUGUUAGAAAGUAUGACCAAGAAACCACGACCAACACGAGCUGAAGUAUCGGAUGUAGCAAAUGCUAUACUUGAUGGAAGCGAUUGCGUUAUGCUUUCGGGUGAAACAGCUAAAGGUGAUUAUCCAGCUGUAACGGUCGCAACAAUGGCAGCCGUCACUCUCGAAGCCGAAACAGCUAUUCACUCUAAGCAACUGUUUGUGGAACUUUGUGCAAAAACUCCCGUACCAACGGAUACAGCUACAGCAUUGGCCAUAGCAACAGUAGAUGCAGCACUAAAAUCGAAUAUUGUUGCCAUAAUAGUUGUUACCAGCACAGGACGUUUAGCACAUCUCAUAUCAAAAUAUCGUCCGCGUUGUCCAAUCAUUGCUGUUAUUGGUGAUGCACGUAUAGCUCGACAGGCACAAUUAUAUCGUGGCAUUAUACCAUAUAUUCAAGCUGAACAGAAUCCUGAUGAUUGCAGUAGAGAUGUUCAGGCAGGUAUACAAUUAGGCAAACAAAUGAAUAUAUUACGACAAGGUGAUCCGAUCAUUAUAGUCAGUGGAUCAACAAUGCGAAUCACUCAAGUUGAGUGAGAAAAAAAAAUUAUUCUUUUUACCCAUUAAAACAUUCCUUUUGUGGGUGAUUUCAAAAAAAGUUUGAAUUUUAGUCGAUAUUUUUAUUUUAUAGUCAUUUAUUUAUUUCUUAGCUUGUUUGUUUGUUUUUUUUGUGAAUCCAAUCUCAAAUUCCAAAGCUUGAAAAAGAAAAAUAAGAAUAAAAACCUGUA